AUGAGCAGCUCCACGUUCACCGAGGCCCAAAGUGAGCAGCUUGGCCUUCGGCUCCCCAAGUCGAGGGAGUAUGGGGUCAGCCUCGCAAACCAGUUGCUUGCUUCCCUCAACACAACGGAGGAAAAGUCAAUGUUUCUGGAGGCCGUCCUUCAAAGUCUCUUAAAUUCCCACGAGCUAGCCCUAGUGGAGAAGACUCUUCAGACCAAGAAGCGCGUGAACCCUGCUCCUCAGGGGCUAAUUGCAUUUGGUAUGUCAACCAUCCUUGCAAGCGCCCACAAUGCUGGCAUAUUUGAGCUGGGUUCGGUCCUUCCUGCGACGGGCCUGGCAAUGGGCGGUGGGAUGCAGUUCCUUGUUGGGCUUCUGGAAUACUUUAAUGGAAAUGCCUUCUCUGCAACAGCCUUUAUGUGUUAUGGCGCCUUUUGGCUUUCUCUAGUGGGCGUAUGGCUUCUGCCACAAACUGAGAAAGAAGUGCACAUAGUGGAAACGGUCGAAGCAUAUAUGGGCUUAUAUUUGUUGCUGUGGGGCCUGUUCACCGUAUGUAUGGCUUCCCUCACCUUUUUUCUCUCGCACCGCAUGAUGCAGUUUCUCAUGUGCUCGCUGGCGCUUAUGAUUUUUACCCUUUCCACUGGAGACUUUUCCAGAAACAAGACUGUGAAGCAGGUGGGUGGCUAUGUGGGGUUUGUUUCUGGGCUGAGUGGGCUUUACAUUGCUUUUGCGGAGAUCCUUCAAGACAACCUUGGGUACCCCGUUCUCCCCCUCUUUCACGUGAAGCGAGCGUAA